AUGGGCAUACUUGGUUACUCAGAGAUGCUAGAAGCAAUUCUAGGAUUUCUUGCUAUUCUUACAUUUGCUCUUUGGGUUUGGUGGUGGAAUGCGAACGAGAUACUUAUCAACUGGCCUGUCGUAGGGAUGCUUCCGCAGCUUUCUUGGAACAGCUCUCAUCUCCAUGAUUUUAUCACUAAAGUUCUCCAGCAAAGUCAGGGCACAUUUUUGCUCAAGGGACAUUGGUUUGGUAACAAGGAUUAUCUUUUAACUAGUGAUUCUAUGAAUGUUCACCACCUUACAAGCAAGAAUUUUGCGAACUACCAUAAGGGCGAGGAAUUUAAGCAGAUUUUUGAACCUAUGGGAGAUGGGAUUUUCAUUUCUGACUCAGAUAAUUGGAGAACUCAAAGGAGAAUACUUCAUUAUAUACUUAGAAGUAAGAGCUUCGUGUUUGCUGCAAGGAGCACUAUGGAGCAGAAGAUCUUGAAAGGCCUAUUCCCAGUCCUAGAGAAUGCUUCAAUGCUUUCAACUGAGGUAGAUUUACAAGUUAUUCUUCAGCAAUUCAUGUUUGAUAAUAUCUGUUUGUUGGUUUUAGGCUUCGAUCCGGAUUCUCUUUCCACAGAAUUACCUCAAGUUCCUUCUGUUGCAAAGGCAUAUGAUUGCUUGGCGGAGGGUGCAAUUUAUAGGCACCUCAUUCCAGGAUGCAUUUGGAAGUUGCAAAGAUGGUUGCAAAUUGGAAAUGAGAAAAAGUUUACAGAAGCUUGGAACAUCUUUGAUGAUUUUGCAGAGCAAUGCAUUACAAGCAAGCGACAACAAUUAAGCCAAAGCAGAAAGGAUCAAAAAGAACAAGAGGAUUUUGACUUGUUGACAUAUUUUUUAGUGAAUGAUGAUGAUUGUGCAGAUGAUCAAGGAGGAGAAGAUGUCACAACGGAUACUAAAUCAAACAAAUUUCUAAGAGACACUGCGUUUAAUCUCCUGGCAGCUGGAAGAGACACAAUAGCUGCCGGACUUGUUUGGCUUUUCUGGCUAGUGGUAACACACCCAUCUGUAGAGAGCAAGAUUUUGGAAGAGAUGAGAGCAAAUUUAAGUCAAGGAACUGAUGGUAAGUGGAAGAUUUUCAGUAUUGAAGAGGUUAACAAACUACUUUAUCUGCAUGCUGUUGUAUGCGAGACACUUCGACUGUAUCCACCUGUACCUUUUGAGCAUAGAGCUUCUGCAGGACCAGACAUUCUUCCAAGUGGCCAUAAAAUCCCUGGAAAUAUGAAGAUAAUAUAUUCUUCAUAUUCAAUGGGAAGGAUGGAAGAUAUAUGGGGCAAAGAUUUCUUGGAAUUUAAGCCAGAGAGAUGGAUUUCAGAGAGGGGUGAAAUCAAGCAUGUACCCUCUUACAAGUUCACAGCAUUCCAUGCAGGACCUAGAACAUGUUUAGGUAAGGAUUUGGCUUUUUUGCAAAUGAAGAUAGUAGCUUCUGCUGUUUUAUGGAAUUUUUCUCUUAAAGUGGUCGAAAACCAGCCUAUCAGUCCAAGGGUUUCUAUUGUACUUUCCAUGAAAAAGGGUUUCAAGGUUAAGGUCUUUGAAAGAUUAGCUUCUUUAAAUGGAGGAAAUGAAGGAAAUCACAUGUGA